GUACACGAGAGUUUUCUAGCAUUGAGAGGAGUACACCUAGCAUGCAUGUUGAUGACUUUUUUUCUCUCUUCAACAUAAUUCCAUUAAUCAAUGAAUGUCUCACCAUGGGCCAUUUCGGUCAUUUUUUCCUUCCCCCGUUGCUUUUUUUCCGAAUCGUGCAGCGGCCGAGAAAUAGCUCGCUGUAUGUGUAGUUUUUUUUGUAAAGUAUUAGAGCAUGAGUUGUUUAUGUAUGACAGGUGUGUCGAUGUAGCCUUUAAAAUUCACACAUCACAUGAUACAACCGACGGUAAUCUUGUUUUAUCCAGUUGUUCACUAAGACUGUAAAGGAGACUCUUUUUUUUCCUUCCGGUCAACCAAUUAAAUAUGAACAAGUAAUGAUUGUUGUAAGUACAUCUUUUUCAGAAGUUAAAAGGUGAAGAACUGCUUGUUAACUGCUUGUUUUCCAAUUAUCUGAAGGCCCUCGCCAGGAAGUUGUAGAAUACGCAACAAGGUACUAAGUAAAUAAUUGUAUUUGUUGAGAGUCGUGAAAAUGAAGCUCGCGCUCGCUGCGUUGAUCGCGGCAGUUGUCGCCGACGACAAGGCUGACAAAAAGUCCGAUGUCACGGUUGCCUUCGUGAACGAUGUUCUUCCGGUCGCUGGUGCGGUACUUCAACUAUAAUGAUCACUAUAACUAAUACAAAUGCUUUGUUGUAGGAGUUUUCUUCCGUCAAAGCUUCAUUGAUGUCAUUGUAGUUAUAUUUUAGCAUGGAUCUCCUUGAUUAUAGUGUACUGUGUCAACCGCAUGACGUUUGCUUCGUCCAUAUGAUUGGACCAUUUCUUCAAUAUAUAUGAUUCUGUCAAAAGUAAUAAACAAAUCCAAUGAAUUACAAAUCACACAGGAAUUGUCGCACAUUGAGGGCAUCAAGGCUAUGGCUCCCGAGGUCGCCCCGGUCCUUGAGAAGACAGUGAAGGAUUCCGGUAUGUCCAAGACCGAGAUCAUCGAUGCUGCCAAGGGCGGCCUCAACGCCGAACAGGCAGCCGCAGUCGUCGGGGGCCUGACCAAGGUCUAAACCAUUUCUUGCAUGUUCACCUCCAUAUUAAGAGAGAUACCUUAUGGCCUGCUUCUUAAUGUGAGGGAGCCUCCAUGUUCAUCCACUUUUCUUCUUUAUGAGGAAGGCAAACCCAUUCAACGACGAAGCAGAAGUAGUUACAUCCUCCUUGAAGACGUCAACAUGAUCAACAUACAAAUAUCUUCUUUACAACUCUGCUACUACAUAAGUACAAAGACAAAAUGAAAUUUGACCUGAUCAUGAAUAUCUACAUUACAUCUCCUCCAUACCUCGAGCAGGAUCUCCUCUUGUCAACACUUGUUUUACUCAGAUUUAUAACAUAUACUAGCAAUGAAGAUCUAUUCUUAUUUAAUUUUUACGGAUUACUCUCCAACCCUCUUUAUCUUCAGGCUAUGCAGCAGGAAGGUGUCUCGAAGAGCGAUGUUAUCAAGGGACUCGAGACCCCAGUGGCAGCACAGGUCCUCCACGACUCGCACUUCAUCGACCAGGGCUACCCCUACAUGUACCCGGGACAGCCGAUCACUUACAACCCGUACGGGUUCCCGCUCUCUCGCACAGGAAUCCCGAUCGUCCAGGUAUUUUUUAGCAUUCGUUUUUGUAUCCAAGAAUGAAAAAACCUGUAAAAAUCAUGAGCGAUGGAGGAGGAAAUAUGUUUUUAAAACCUGAAGAUAACAUAGUUCGCUCAUUUAGAUCAUCUUUCCUGAAAAAUUUAGAAAAAUGUUCAUUGUGAUAUGAUCUACAUCUACAUCUACAUCUUCAUACACCCUACAUUUAGAUUUUCUCUCUUCCUGAAGAAAUUUUUCAUUUCCAUCCAUCGUCCAGGCUCUUGCCGAUAACGAGGCUCUUGGGUCCCACGAUGUGGUCGGAACGACCUUCUGGAUUGCGUGCAACGCGAUGCUUGCCUUCACCGUCUUCUUCCUCAUCGAGAUGAACGAAGUCCCAAAGCGUAUCCUCCACUAGUAGAUGGUUGUGAUGAACUGUUAGAAGCAACGCAAUUCUUUUAAGAGCAGGAAAUCUUUGUUUGUCCAUUCAAAAUGUGACUCAAGUUCCUUCCAUGACGAGAAAUCUUCUUGUUCGAUUCAAAUUCUUAUUCUUCAAUACAACAAAAUAAAAACAGAGUGGAAGCGCAGUGUGUGCGUCGCAGCAUUGGUGUGCGGCGUUGCAUUCUGGAACUACGUCUACAUGAAGAGCACCUGGUCCGUCACUCAGCAGUCCCCGACGGCCUACCGAUAUACCGAUUGGCUCAUCACCGUCCCGCUCCAGGUACUUGCAACUUCUAUAUCAAGAUGAAUGAAAAAGUAUGAUUUUCGGUUUCGAGUCAGUGUCAGCAUACUGUCCUCACGUUUGCCCACUUCUACUCAAGUCCGGGACAACUCUCCAUCAACAAUCGAUCUUUAGAUUUUUUAGAAUAGUCAUGUCGAGGACUCAAGACUCUUGAUAUUUUCUGAGUACCUGCUAAACCUAUAAUGCCGUAUCAACAUUAUUCAGAUCUGCGAAUUCUAUCUGAUCUUGGCUGCCGUCAUGGAUGUCAACGUGAUGCUCUUCUACAAGCUUAUGGGAUCGGCUGUUGCCAUGCUCCUCUUCGGAUGGCUCGGUGAGGCUGGCUGCAUCUCCGUCCUCUGCGGAUUCGUCCCGGGAUGCGCCACUUGGCUCUACAUCAUCUACGAGGUACUUGAUUCGCAUCAUGAGUAUUGAUUCUUCUUGAAGACACGUUACAGUGAGUAGUUCUCUCCUCUACUAGAUUUUCUUGUUAGGCAGAAGUAGAAGAUGCAGUCCAUGUCCAAAUUGAAUCAUGAGCUCAAAUAUAUAAUCGAUGUCCUCGUAGAAGAAUUAAUAUUUUCCAAAGAAUGAUCCGGAGAUGUAAAAACUAACUCGAAAGGUCUUCCUCGGAGAGGCGUCCCAGAUCUCCGCCAAGAGCACAAAUAUGGCCCAGAAGAGCGCUUUCAACACCCUCCGUCUCAUCGUCUCUGUCGGCUGGUCCAUCUAUCCCAUCGGGUAUUUUUUUUUUGUCUUUCAUCUUGUAAGCAAUGUAUUCCUCUUUCUGUAGGAAGAUCUCAAAUGUCAACAAUACUUAUACACAAAUCUAGAGGACAGAAUCGCAAUUCUACUCGGCUGGUCCAUCUACCCCAUCGGGUAUUUUUUUUUUGUCUUUCAUCUUGUAACAAUCGCAAUUCUUGUUCUUCUUGGCCAUCAUCUUCUGACAGGAGAACUCCUCUAUAAACAAGGUACUACGUGACCUACCUGAUCGCCCCGGGAGCGCCAGGCAACACCCCGUACUUGUACGGAUACCACAGCCAGAGCGUGAUCAACAUCGUGUACAACAUUGCCGAUUUGGUCAACAAGGGUGCCUUCGGCAUGGCCAUCUACUCCGCCGCCAUGAUGGACAAGUAAGUCGUUCCUGUCACACUCACUGUGCAGGACGUUUUAAACGUUUUCCUUUAUAGGCUUACCACGUUUACUAGUUCUUGGUUGAUUUUCUUGGCGGCAGGAAGUAGUCCUGCGUCGAGUCACUUUACCGGUCGUAGAAGUAAACGGAGGUCGUUGUAGAAGAGGUAGACGAGUUGUAUAGAUAUCAUGAUCAUCAUGGUGGUCGUUGCUGGGGGUAUUAAGAGGAUGGAGAGUAGAAAUGGGCAAGCCGUUCACUGGGAGGCGGUCUACUCACCACUGGCAUCGAUGCGCAGACAUCACAUUAUUUCUAGUAGAUGAACCGUAGAUUCGGAAAAGGAUGUUCACAGAUCAAGUCAUUAUUUAGUCAGGAUUAGUACAGCUAGUAGUGCGUCGUCGACAUGAAUGCGUCGCAAAAGAUAAGUACAACCUAGAAGUUGUAGAAGCUGCACGACAGGGUAUGUUGUAGUUGUACGUCGUAAGGACUAGCGACGAGCUGGGCGGCAACAAGUCAUGCGACGAUAGCCACAAGAGUUUACUUUCGGAUAGGUUUCAACAGAUGAAAAACAUCAUUCGUAUCAUUCGUCAGGGUUUACACUUACAGGUGAAGAUUAGGAGAUUCUAGGACAACAUAGUUUUAGUUACGAAGACGCUAGACUGUAAGUAAGUAGUACAACUACAUCAACGCUAGUAGUUUUGGAGGAACACAGCUGCUACGCAGAUGAUUUUGGCUGGUCGACAUUUGUGCAACAACAACAUGUGCUGCAAUUACGAGGAGUACCGCUGUCCUUCCACACAGACACACUGCGUUGAGUAGAGCCUUCAAAACUAGCGCUCACACCCUAGUUUUGUUGUUUUGCAUGAUUUGUCCGAGUUAGCUAUAGAUCAGGACCGACAAGAAGGCAAAGAAGGCUGGCUCGUGGUAGUUUUCUUUGGGCCGUGCAGGCUUUGACCUCUGGCGGUCGUGCGCACGCACUUGCAUAGCAUCCAUGCAUUUUGUAUCUUUCUUCAACGAUUUCUUCUUCUGCACUGGUGCUCUCGGGAAGUCCUUCUUUUCAAGGAAAAUAUGAAUACAAACACGAAAAUCUAUGGAGCACUCUACUUUUCAACGGCACCGUGCUGAGAGAACAAACGACAAAAGGAAAAGCAGCUCCUCU